AGUCUUUUAGCUGCGGGCCAGAAACAACUUGUUUGUAUAGUCAAGGAAACGGGAAGAAAAUACGUUCUUAGUUGAAAAUAAAGAUUAUUUAGUCUUCAGGAAAGAUGAAUAAAAUUUUAACAUCUCAUCUUGCUGUUUAGUUAGCUGAAAUAAUCAUCCACCAAAGACUGUGUUCAAGAGAUAUGGUGCUGAGAAGAAGGAAACUCGUACAGAUUUGGAACAACUUGAAGACGGAUAGACUACAAAUUAAAACGAAAGGACAGCACCAAGUCCCUCCUCAUCAAAACCGAACAGCUGCUAAGGAUCGAAGACCAUGACUUUGCCAUGAGGCCUGGAUUUGGAGGAUCUGCCAUCCCUGUGGGAAUUGAUGUGCAGGUGGAGAGUAUAGACAGCAUCUCUGAAGUAAACAUGGACUUCACGAUGACCCUGUACCUGAGGCAUUAUUGGAAGGAUGAGCGCUUGGCUUUUCCCUCCAGUAACAAUCUGAGCCGCACAUUCGACGGCCGCCUGGUGAAGAAGAUCUGGAAGCCUGAUGUCUUUUUUGUCCAUUCCAAGCGCUCCUUCAUUCAUGAUACCACCAUGGAGAACAUAAUGCUAAGGGUUUACCCAGACGGCAACAUCCUUUACAGCGUCAGGAUUACAGUUACUUCUCUGUGCUCAAUGGACUUCAGUAGAUUCCCGUUGGACACUCAGAAUUGUUCCCUGGAACUGGAGAGCUAUGCAUAUAAUGAGAACGACCUCAUGUUGUACUGGAAAAAUGGCAAUGACUCUUUAAGAACAGAUGAAAUUGCCCUCUCUCAGUUCUUCAUUGAAGAGUUCCAUCCCUCACAUGGUCUGGCCUUGUACAGCAGCACUGGCUGGUACAACAGGCUCUACAUCAACUUCAUUCUCAGAAGACACAUAUUCUUCUUCAUGCUGCAAACGUAUUUUCCCACAAUGCUGAUGGUGGUGCUGUCCUGGGUGUCUUUUUGGAUCGACAGGCGGGCGGUACCGGCCCGUGUAUCACUUGGCAUCACUACAGUGUUGACUAUGUCCACCAUAAUUACGGGAGUGUCAGCGUCCAUGCCUCAGGUAUCAUAUGUGAAAGCAGUGGACAUCUAUUUGUGGACCAGCUUCCUAUUUGUGUUUCUGUCCGUCAUCGAGUACGCAGCCGUCAACUACUUCACCACCAAGGAGGAAAUGAAGAAACUCAAACAGUUAAAGCUUUCAGAAUACGAUGCAUCUCAAGCCAUGGCGUUCGAUGGAUGUUUCCAUGACCAGGACAUAGAGCUCAGCUCAUUUCCACGGCUGUCUGACCUUAACGUGGACCCAUGCAUGUCCUCGCGGAACUCCACGACACCUGACCUGCCUCCCAUCCUGGGCACGCGCCUCCGUCGACGACGUUCUAUCCGCCAAAGUGUCAACCAUAUCAUGAACAACAGUUACAAGAUAGACUCCUAUUCCAGAAUAUUCUUUCCUUUAGCAUACUUUCUCUUCAAUAUCAUCUACUGGAGCAUCUACUCCUGAGCAAGAGAAAACUGGUGUGCUCAGAGUUGAUAAGAGUGCCACAUAUGCCACAGUGAUAGAAUAC